AACGCCCGCCGCAAAAUGGCAAAAAAAUAAUACAUACGAUUUAAAACUAAUGGACAAUUACGUAUUACGUGAAAAGAACGCAACAUAAAUAAUCAAAAGUUAAGCGAAAAGCAGCCUAGUGCAAUCAGGCGCCAAUUAAUAGAGCGUGCGUGCGUGUGUGUUGAAACACCAAUAAAUAGGCAUAAGAAAAGUGAUUCAAGCGAGUAUCCCGAACACUUUGGGCCUCCUCUGAUUCGAUACCAUUUUCCCCAACCCAACCAUACACUUGCAAAAAAAGCGACAGCGACCCAUUGCCGAACAGUAGGGGGAGCAAGAGAGCGAAAGAGAGAGUGAGUGCGCUGACAAAGCCAGUCCACAGCCAGCGCAACACAACGAACGUGCAAAGAAGAAGGACAUAGCGAAACGAAGCCGAGAAGAAACAGAAAUUCGACUAAACUAAACCAAUUCCGAAAAGAAUCGAACAUUUUGUCAACGCCAGCCGCCUGGCGCGUUUUGUGAUUUAAACAAAGGCGUCCAGCGAAACGUGUUUGCACUGAAAAGCAUUUCGUUUCGUUGCGCAUUUGUCUUCAUUUUUUGUGCAACCUACACGGCAGGGGCUGAGUAAGCGCCAGAAAGAGUGCAAAAAAAGGAGCCAAGGAGCAACGAACUGUGUUUGCGGUGUGUGCGCUGCGUGUAAAAGGCUCACCAUAAAGACUGAAGAAAGAAGAUUGCCCAAUCAACGAUCCCCAAAGGUAAGACAGAAAGGGAGAUAUUACAUAUAUAUUGAGAGAGAGAGAACGAGAGCUUGAGCACUAGCACUAGCAACAACAACGACAAAGAAGAGAGAGAUAAAUCCACAUCCACAUUGAGAUCCAGAUCCCAUCCAGCGCAUUGAGAGAGCGAGGAACGCGGCGGCGGCGUCAAGGAAGCUAACGCUAAUGAGGAUCUAUUGGCAGCAUGAGUACACUGGGGGGAAGUAGGGGAGAGCGAAAUGCCAAGCCCAAAUUCACAGCGUUGGAUAUAAAUCGCAUGUACAAGAAUAGUCGUGGUGAAUCGAGUGAACCAUCAGCACAGAAGAAUCAAGUGCCUCGUAAACAUGGAAUGCAAAUCUUGGGCAAAGUGCCGUCCGCUAGGCGACCACCAGCCAAUCUGCCAUCCCUGAAGGCCGAGACCAAUACCAGCAGCAACAACAAUUUCCUAGUCUCAGUCGAAGCAGGAUCUGGCUCAGCAGGAGGAUCGAAUAAUAGCCACAACAACACCACUGCCCAUAGCGGAGUAGGAGGAGCAGGCGCUGCAGGUAACGGCGGUGGAGGAGCAGCUGGAUGCGGUGGAACCUCAUCGUCGCCUGGCGUAGGAGGAGGUUCACAGCAACAGCAGCAACAACUGCAGCAGCAGCAUCACCACCACCACCACAACAACAACGUCUCAACGAGUGCCGGCAAUAAAUUCGGCGGCAACAGCAAUAGUAGCAGUAGCAACAGCAACAACAACGCCACAUCCGGGAGCGGCAACAACAGUGCCUCUGGGCAUAGCCACACCCACAGCGGAGGCGGCAGUGGCACCGGCACCGGCACCGGCACUGGUCCCAGUAACAUCAACAAAAACUACAAACUCAUCAACAACUCGACAGGCGGAGCAGGCGGCAGCGGAGGAGGAUCCGCACUCGGAGGCGGCGGUGGCCAUUCGCUAAACUCACCGAAGUCAUGGUCUGCCAUAACCACAGGACACGAGAGGGGCCAGCACUUUGGUCGCCAGCCCCAGCAUCAUCAGCAGCAGCAGGUGGUGCCCCACUACCAGAGUCCGCAAUUCCAAUACGAAUUCCCCACGCUGGACGGCACAGUUGGCAGCGGCGGAAGCGGUGGCGGAGGAUCGAGUGGUGCCGGUCCCGGAAUGGGAGGAGCGCAGUCGGGCAAGGGACACUACCAGAACCAGUCGCAUCAUUCGAGCUCAAUCCAGCAGAACCAUCAUCACUCGCACCACUCGCAUCAUCAUCAGCAGCAGCAGCACCACCACAUCCAGCAACAGCAGCAGCUUCAUCAGCAACAGUCUUCGCACCAUCGGGACUACCACCAGAGCCAAGGACAGGGACGUCAGUACGGCGGGGGAUCGCACCACUCGCAUCGCGACUACAGAGAUGGCAGCGACGACGUCGGCGGUGGCGCCGGUGGCAUGGAUCUUGGGGAGAUGAGCCUGCGGCCACAGAACGAUACGGCCGCCUGGCUGCAGCAGCAGGAGAAGGCGGCCAAGGGGGCGGCUGCAGCCGCUGCGGCGGCAGCCAACUCGGACAUGGCGAUGAGCCAACAGGGCCAGGGCCACCAUCAGAUCGCUGGCAAUGGCGGCAGCGGUGGUACACCUGGUGGCGUCGGCGGAGGAUCAGGCAACGGAGGAGCCGUUCCUCUUCCCAUACUCUCGCUGAUGCCCUCGUUUAUGCGCAGCGGUGCACCAAUGCCCACAUCGGCGGUGGUUGCCGGCGGCCUGGGCAUGGGUGUCGGCGGAUCAAUGGCCACCACGGUGGCCGGCAUUCUCGCGGGCGGCUCCGAAUCGGGUCUGCCCACCCACUACCAGAACGGCAUUCUUGGAGGAAGGUCCGCCUCCCCGGCCGUGGGCGGUUUUCGUGCUGCCAGCGCUAUACCGAAGCGUCCGGCGGCCUCUUCCUCGCCCCCACAGGGACUGGGAGCAGCGACGCCACCACAACAGCAGCAGUCUCAGCAGCAGGCAAACGGUGGCGGACGCAAGGAGAAGGACUAUGUGGUGGAGCCAGAAGUGGCCCAGAUGCAGCGACCUAUUAUCCGCGAGGAGGAUCUGGAGCGGCUGAAUGCGAUAGCCAAGGACGACAGCUGGACAAAGCAGGAUGACAUUGAUUAUACCAAGAAGUUGACAUUCUCGGACGACGAAUCACCCCCAGAGGAUCAUCUCCAUGGAGGCAAACACCAGCACCAACAUCAGCAGCAGCACCAGCACCAGCAGCAAUCCCAAAUCUCGACAGCUACCUCCUCAGUAUUGGCUGGCAAGAUGGUACCCUCCUCCGUCGGCUGGCAGCGUGGCAAGGAUAGUAGCGAGCGCGAGUCCCUCCCUGACGGGGGUUUGGACCAGCAGCAGCAACAACAAUCGCAGCAUCAACAGCAGCAGCAGGACAUGCGACAGCAGAACGGACAUCGUGGCAGUUCUGGUAAUGUUGGGGCACCAGUUGCCGGUGGCAUUGCCCUGGACGCCAGUGUCUAUGAGCGCGUAAAGCAGCGCAAGGAGGAGGAGGAGCGUCGCGAAAUGGAGCGAAAACAGGCGGCGGCCAAGAAACUACAGGAACUCGAAAUGAAAAUGAACAGCAAGAAGGCAGCGGCUGCGGCUCUGGCCGGCGAGGGACCCGCCUCCUCAUCGGGAUCUGUCUCCUCGAAUGAGGCACAAUCCCUUUCCGCACCGCUGGGUAAUGCCAGUGAGGAUGAGGGCGGAGGCCAGCAUCGUCGUCCGCGCGGCAGCAUCUCCAGCCUGGGCAGCGGUGUCAGUGCCGUGACUAACAGUGGAGGCGGCGGUGUGUCAAGUUCUGGCUCCCCGGCUGGUGGUGAAUACGGCCAGAAGGGCGUGUUCCUUACCCACUUUCAAUCGAAUUUACCACCACGUUUCCAGCGCCAGCAACAGCAACAACAGCAGGCCCAGCAGCAGCAGCAGCCACGUCUGGAGAAGAGCGCCUCGGCCAGCAGUGCUUUCGAUAGCAAUUCGCGCUACCUGCAAAAGGGUGGCGUGGGUUCUGCUAGCGGAGGAGUAGCGGUGUCUGGUACCGUCACAAGUGGUGGAGGUGGACGUGGGAGCUAUGCUCAGCGCGGUGCUCCCGGUGGAGGAGCCGCUGGCGGCGGCUUCGGACGAAAUCGUCACGACAGCUCCAGUGCCCGCGAGGAGCAGGAGGCACUGACCAUCGAGCAGCAGCAGCAACGGUUCACCCGCGGACAGCAGGAGUACAGGAGCCAGGUGCAGUCGCUGCCGCGCAGCAUUUCAGAGAAUUCGCAUCGCAAGACAAGCGUCUCGUCGUCGACUGGUGGCGAGGAGUGCGCUAUUUUGAGCCUGGGCUCGUGCUCCUCCUGGGCCGAGCAGACGGAUGCCGAGCAGAAGGUUCACCACAGGCAUCGCGAGGAGAGCUUCUCGUCCACCCACAGCCACGACUCGUCCGUUCAGAUUAAGAUCCUGCAGCGUCCGGCGCGUCAGCCCAGUCUCAGCGAGGAGGCCAUGGCCCCCCUUGGUGGUCAGCAGAAGCAGCUGCUGCCUGCCUCCCCAUCGCUGCACAAGUCCGCAACUGUAGAGAUCAUGCCCACGCAGAUCCUGCGCCGCAGCGUGGAGCCGCUCGAUAAGUCCGAUGACAAGUCGGAGGAGAAGUCCGACGCCGAUGGCGACAAGGCAAAGCAGCAGCAGCAGGCGUCGGCUGGCAGCAAGCAGCAGCAAGAUGAGGACAAGGCGCAUCCAAGCGCCACUGCCAGCAAGCGGCCCAGUCCCAGAGGCGGAGGAGGAGGCGGUGCUGUCGGCGGACGUGGCGGCAAUACACGCAGCUAUGCGGCCAGCGCGGGAGGCGGUGGAGGAACGCAAGCAACAACUGUCGGAAGUGGCAGCUACCGUGGCGGACCGAGAAGCGGCAGCGACUGGUGCAGCAGCAGCCGCAGCAGCGGUGCAGCUGGCAGACGCUACUACGGCAGUGGCGGCGAGCAAUCGGAGCACUCGGAGGACGUGGAUGAAGACUGCUACAGCAGUGGCGGUGGCGGAGGCGGAGGAGGAGGUUCAUGCGCAGCACGUCGUCGUCCGGAGGAUCCAGCGGGACAGCCGCCGACCAACAAGGCCGGAUUCUCGCCGCGCGGUGAACCCUCACGACGCGGACGCGGUGGACUAAGCAGCGGAGGUGGAUCCGCCUCAGCGCCAGGGUAUCGUCGACCGGUUGCCGCGGGAUCCGGUGGCAAUGCUGGAGGUGCGGGACGAUCGUAUGGACGACUCGGCUACGAGGAGUACGGCAAGCGCAGCUCAGAGUCGGAGGCGGAUCUGGCGGACAAGAGCAAGCACAUGGCCAAGGACGAGAAGGAGGCCUGCGGAGGCGUAGGCGAGGAGAAGGACUGCAAGACUGGCACUUCCGCGCCCAGCCACAGUCACAGCCACAGCCAGCUCACUGCCCUAGUCAAGGAGGAGACCCAAAAGGACUCGCCAGCGCGUAUGCCUCCCGGACUGGCUGGCACAGGAGCAGCAGUAGGACCAGCUCCCACGGCCCUGACAGGCGUCCCAACAGGCGCACCCUCAUCCUUGGGCUGCUCGGGUGAUCUGCUCGAAAAGAAAAAGUCCAGCGGCGACCCCUCAUCCGUCUCGUCGGUCAUCGGCGGUCCAUGCGUCGUCGGCGCAGGUGAGAAGGUCAUCAAGCUGGCGGCCAUCGGCGAGAAAUCACCACUGGUGGCCGUCAGUCUGGGAGUGGGUCCCGUUUCUGGUCCGGGCGCAGUACCCGUCGGCCAGGGAGGCGCCACUCUUCUCAUCGACGGCGCCCCCGUCAACACGAUCAUCUUUGAAAACUCAACGUACAAGCAGCAGCAGGUGCAGCAGCAGCAGCAGCAGCAAGCGGUCGCAGCGGCUGUGGUCAUCAAGCCAAGCAACAGCCAGCUAUCGGGCGACUCCACGGUGGACAGCCUCUCCAGUGCCUUGUCCCAAAUGAGCUUCGGCGGCAAGACCGCUUCAGGAGCCGGCGAGGAGGCGCAGGAUAUGAAGCUAGGCUUCACCUUUGGUGAUGAUCCCUCGCCCCUCAAGGUGGAUACCAUGGACAAGGCAGCCGCCGCCAGCCAGCAGCAUCAGCAUCACCAGCAGCAACAGCAGCAGCAGGCGGCACAACAACAGCAGCAGCAAAAUAAUUCAACGGCCGAUCUCAAUAUGAAGAUAGCCAGCGUGAAAAAGGUUUGGGAGUCGGCAACACCCAUGUCGGACGGGCCAUCGCCCUCUCAGGUGCAGCAGCAACAGCAGGCCCUGCCCUUGGGCCAGCAGCAGCAGCAGCAGCAGCAAGUGCAGCAGCAGCAGGUUCAGCAGCAGCAACAGCAGCAGGCGGUGCAGCAGCAACAAUCUGUAUUGCAGCCCCAGGGCGGGGACGAUGGCAGCAGCCAUAUGAGUGCCGCCUCGUUUGUGGCCGCGGCGGUGGCUGCUUCGCAGCAGCAUCAGCAGCAGACUAUGCCCCACUAUGCGGUCUCAGCGGUUCACAUGCAGAGCCACCACCACCAGCAGCAGCAGCAGGCCCAGCAUCAUCAGCACCAUGCGCUGUCUUCGCCGGGUCCGGUGCCUGGAGUGCAUGGCUAUGGGGGCCAUGGAUCGCCCUUUGAUGGCGGCUCGUUGGAUCAGCAGUUCCAGCAGGAGGACUAUCCAAGUCCCCAGCAGCAGCACCAGAAGGCCAAGCAGCAGAAGUACCUGGGUAUGUCUCCGCCCCCCAGCCAACAGCAGCAGCACUCUCAGCAGCAACACUCGCAGCAUCAGCAGCACCAGCAACAGCAACAGCAGCAACCGUUCUACCAGGCAUCGCCGCAGUUCGGUGUUGGCGGCAUUCCAACGAUUCCCAGCCCGCCGGCCGUGGUGUUCAAUUCGUCGCAGAUGCCACCGCCGCCGCCACCGUCGCAGGGCGGCAAUCUGUAUGCUCCAUUCCAUACGCUCGAUCAUUCGAGCCGCUCGCCCGCCUACUCGGCGGCAGCGGCCGCACACAACUUCCCGGGACACUAUGCGGCCGCAGCGGCGGCGGCGGCAGCAGCCGGUGGCCCCUUCAACGUCAAUGCGUACGCCAUGCAGACGGCCCACGGCGGCAACAUGCCCCAGACGGCGCCCACACCCGACAUGUACUCCAAUCUGUCGUCGCAGUUCCGUCUGGGCGGCGGACCCGGCGGCCCAUCGGUCGGCCCCUUCGGUCAGCCCAACUCGCAGCAGCUGAGCAAUCCGAACGCGACGGUGGCCAUCAUCUCAUCUAACACCAACUCCAUGAUGUCCUCGGGAGCGGCGAAGCCGCCUCAAGCCAGCCAGCAGCCCAUUGGGGCCAUAGGCUCCAAGUCAGCGGGCAGCGGCGGUGGCCCCGGCCCGUAUGCCACCACCCAGCCGUAUAUGAAUCUUUAUCCCGGACCGCCGCCUCAGCAUCCGGGUCAGGGUGGCCCACCGCCGGGCGCCCAUCAGCUCCAGUCCAACAGCUACUACUCGAAUUCGGCGCAGGGCGGCCCAAGUGGGCCACAGUACUAUGGUGGACCCCCUCAGGGCAAUGGCGGUGCGCAGAGCUACGGCCUGGCCACAGCCGCCGGCAUGUACGGAGGCCACCAGGGCGGACCGCCCGGCUCGAAUGGUCCGCCAGGAGGACCCCAGUCACAGCACACGAUGGGAAACUUCAAUACGCAGUUCAUGAACUCACCUUUGCUGACGGCGGCCAAUAUCAAUCAGUACCGCGGCGGACCAGCGCCCGGUGCGGCCUACCUGAAGAGCAGCCAGGGACAGGGCCAUAUGCAGGACUCGAUGGGCCGACAGCUGAAGAGUCCACUGAGCGCUGAUAUGAGUCUCGGCCUGGCCAAACAGGUCCAGUCGCAGCCCAGUCCACCUCACCACAAAAACUAUGGCGCUUGGGAUCUGCAAAACCAGGUGCUGCAGCAGCAACAACAGCAGCAGCAGCAACAAUCUCAGCAACAACAGCAGCAGCAGCGCCAGCAGGGAGGUAAUGGCGGCAACGGACCCAACAUGAACGCACUGGGCGGACGUGGUAGCGGUGCCGUGGGUAGUGGCAGUGGCAGCGGUGGCGGCUCUCAGGUGGUUGGAGGCAACGGCGGUGGCGGCGGCAAUGGUGGCGGCAACGGUGUUGGCAGCGUGGGACAGAGUGGCGGUAACCAGGGCCGGUACCCCACGCCCAUUCAGCGACCCAACAACUAUCCGCAGCAGCAUCCCCAGCAGCAACAGCAGCGGGAUCAGGCGGCUGCAGCGGCGCAGCGCGCCCAAAACAUGCGGCAGGUGACCGGCGGCAAUGGAGGAGUAGGAGGCCAAGGCGGUGGCGUUGGCGGUGGUGCCGGCAGUGCCGGUGGCAAUGCCAAUGCGUCAGUUGGACCGCCGGGCGGUAAUAGCGGCGGUGGUGGCAAUGGGGGACCAGGAGGAGCGGUGGGCGGCGGAUCAACUGGCUCCGCGGUCGGUUCGGCAGCUGCGCAGUUGAGCAAGCCCUAUUAUGCCAACAAUGCGGCCGGCUCCGGCGGUGGGGCCAAUCGCGGUGAGUGGCACGCCAACUGAGUGGGGCAGAACCCUUCACCCACGAACACGACCGCUCUCACUCCCACUCCAGCAGACCCCAGCCACAGCCACAGCCCCCCACCUACAAUACAAGAAAAUCCACACACACAAACGUGCAUACAGGCAUAGAGGAAUCGAAUCGAGCAAAAUGAGGAAGGAGUGCGGAAUGCGAAAUGCGAAGUAGAAGAAAUAAAAGGAAACGUAAGGAAAGGAAAAGAGAAGAAAGUAAAUAUAACGUAUGUUGCAACCGAUAGAAGCGAAAGCAGAGAGAAGAAAUAUUUACUUAUCCAUAAAACUAAAAAUUAAGCAAAACAUAAACAAGUUAAAGUAAAAAGUGAAGCAAAGGUAACGAAAUCAAUGUUAAUAACACACAAACCACAACAGAUACUAGCUAAAGCGUAAUACAAAAAGUAAGAGAAGUGCAUGGGUUGUGCGUGUUCAAUAAAGAAAAUGAGACGCGGGAGCAAAAGCGACAAAGAGAGCGAGAGAGAGAGGACAGAAGAGAAGAGAUCUGAAGAUAUGAGUAGAGCUGAAAUCUAAACAGGGCUGCCAAGAAUGUGACGGUAAAAGUUAACCGUAAGUGAGAAAAGGAAACAAGACAAAAAGGAAUCAGAACUACUCAAGAGUAAAUGAGAAAUGAUGGGAGAAAUUCAACCGUAAAGUGAGAGAAGAGCGUUCGAAGGGGAAUUUUGGCAACAGCUAAGAGACAGACACACAAGCCUAAACCUAUACGAAAAUUAUAGCAGGAGUAAAUGCCGAUUAGCAAUAAGAAGCACUCGGCAGGAGGAUCUGGCAGCAGACGUUGAUUUGAAGAUUGUGGUAGGUCCUCAGGGAAGUGAGGCGGAACGAAUGCAGAUCAGAGAUAGUGAGAUAUAGGUACCCCCCUCCAUACCCAUACACAGCCCUGACCUGGUCCCCUCCCCCGCCACACCGCCACCGCUACUAUAAGACGGAAACGGAAGCAGCCGCAACAGGAGAACAUGAGAAAGAAAGAGCAAAAGAAAUCGGAGGAAUUGCAAGAGAAUUACUUAUUUAAAAAAAACACACAACAUGCAGACAUUACACAAACACGAACACGGAACUCAUAUAAUUACAUACAUACAUAAAUAGCGGAGUGUAUUUUUUGUCAAACAAAUUUACAUAAUAUUAAUUUUACGUUUAUAUACUUAUAAUUUGUUUGUAGUAGAGUCUCUCUCCCCGCCCCAACCUUAAUCGCUCUAUCCCAUUAAAAUGCCCCCGCAAAAUCGAACCCCAACAAAAGAUUGGAAACCAACAACCACAAACUGAACAUUUGGCACUGCGUAUGCUUUAAUUUCUUUAUACAUAAAUACAUAAUACAUUAUAUACAUAAAUAUUGUUUAAUUUUUUUGCAACACAAAAAAUCCACUAAUAAUUCUAAUUUAUGUUUAUGCUACAAUAUAAUACAUUAUAUAUAUAUAUACAAAACGUAUCCCGGGGCUCUAUCUAAUCUGUUCAUCAAAUCUGAAUGAAAACGGAAGAAAAAAAGUGGCGAAACAGCGAGCACGAGAUGAUGCCUACAUACAAAUGAAAUGCAGACAAGCUUUUAAGUUUGAUUAAGAGCAAAACUAAGUUUAAACAAGUAAAAGCAAACAAAAUACAUUAUAGCAGUCAUGUAUGAACAAAAA